CGGAAGCCGCUGCGGGGCGGAGGGGAAGCCAGGAUGGCGACUUCGAGCAGGAAGACCUCUACCUCAAGCCCCCUGGCCUCCAAGAGAGCUCUCCCGAGAGAUCCCUCGUCGGAGGUCCCGAGCAAGAAAAAGAGUUCGGCGCCGCCGCUGCCGUCGUCCGGAGCUUUUGUGGAAGGCUCUAUCGUCCGCAUCGCGAUGGAGAACUUCCUAACUUAUGAUAUCUGUGAAGUAUGUCCUGGACCCCACUUGAAUAUGAUUAUUGGAGCUAAUGGAACGGGGAAGUCCAGCAUUGUGUGUGCCAUUUGCCUUGGAUUAGCAGGCAAACCUGCUUUCAUGGGACGGGCAGAUAAGGUUGGCUUUUUUGUGAAGAGAGGAUGUUCCAAAGGCAUGGUUGAAAUUGAACUGUUCAGAACUUCUGGAAACCUUGUAAUUACUCGUGAGAUUGAUGUGGCGAAAAAUCAGUCCGUUUGGUAUAUCAACAAGAAAACGACAACUCAGAAAGUAGUAGAAGAGCAAGUUGCAGCCUUAAAUAUUCAAGUGGGCAAUCUUUGCCAGUUUCUACCUCAGGAUAAAGUUGGAGAAUUUGCAAAACUCAGUAAAAUUGAACUACUUGAAGCUACUGAGAAGUCAAUUGGUCCUCCAGAAAUGCACAGAUACCACUGUGAACUCAAAAACUUCAGGGAGAAAGAAAAACAAUUAGAGACCUCAUGCAAAGAGAAAACGGAAUAUCUAGAGAAAAUGGUUCAGAGGAAUGAAAGAUAUAAACAAGAUGUGGAGAGGUUCUAUGAACGUAAGCGACAUUUAGAUUUGAUUGAGAUGCUUGAAGCUAAAAGGCCAUGGGUGGAAUAUGAAAAUGUCCGUCAGGAAUACGAAGAAGUAAAACUAGCUCGUGACCGAGUGAAGGAUGAAGUCAGAAAACUUAAAGACGGGCAGAUUCCUAUGACACGUCGAAUUGAAGAAAUAGAAACACAGCGUCACAAUUUGGAAGCUCAAAUCAAAGCGAAGGCAACAGAUAUUAAGGAGACAUCUCAAAAAUGCAAACAAAAGCAAGAUGUUAUAGAAAGGAAAGAUAAACAUAUUGAGGAACUUCAGCAGGCUUUAACAGUAAAACAAAAUGAAGAGCAUGACCGACAGAGGAGAAUAAGUAAUACCCGCAAAAUGAUAGAAGAUUUGCAAAAUGAACUGAGGACCACAGAAAACUGUGCAAAUCUUCAGCCCCAGAUUGAUGACAUUACAAAUGAUCUGAGACGAGUUCAAGAUGAAAAGGAAUCAUGUGAAAGCGAGAAAAUUGAUAAGCAUAAAGAGAGGGAAACUCUAGAGAAGGAGAAAAAGAGUGUGAAUGAUCAAAUUGUACAAUUUGACAAUCUUAUGAAUCAAAAGGAAGAUAAGCUGAGACAGAGAUAUCGUGACACGUAUGAUGCUGUUUUAUGGCUGAGAAAUAACAGAGACAAAUUUAAGCAAAGAGUCUAUGAGCCCAUAAUGCUCACGAUCAAUAUGAAAGAUAAUAAAAAUGCCAAAUAUAUUGAAAAUCACAUUCCAUCAAAUGACUUGAGAGCCUUUGUAUUUGAGAGUCAAGAAGAUAUGGAGGUUUUCCUCAAAGAGGUUCGUGACAAUAAGAAAUUAAGAGUGAAUGCUGUUAUUGCUCCCAGGAAUUCAUAUGCAGACAGAGCGCCUUCAAGAUCUCUAAAUGAACUAAAACAAUAUGGAUUUUUUUCUUACUUGCGAGAGUUAUUUGAUGCACCUGCUCCUGUCAUGAGUUACCUUUGCAGCCAGUAUCAUAUUCAUGAAGUUCCUGUAGGAACUGAAAGGACCCGAGAAAGAAUUGAACGGGUAAUACAAGAAACCCGAUUAAAACAAAUGUAUACAGCAGAAGAAAAGUAUGUGGUGAAAACUUCUUUUUAUUCAAAUAAAGUUAUUUCUAGUAACACAUCACUAAAAGUAGCCCAGUUUCUCACAGUCACUGUGGAUCUGGAGCAAAGAAGACAUCUAGAAGAACAUCUAAAGGAAAUUAAUAGAAAAUUGCAAGCAGUGGAAUCAGGAUUGAUUGCCUUACGUGAAAAAAACAAACAUCUAGAGCACAAAGAUAAUGAACUUAGACAAAAGAAGAAGGAGCUUCUUGAAAGAAAAAACAAGAAAAGACAACUGGAACAAAAAAUUAGUUCCAAACAGGAAAGUUUAAAGCUGAUGGAACAGGAUACUUGCAACCUUGAAGAGGAAGAGCGAAAAGCAAGUACCAAAAUCAAAGAAAUAAAUGUUCAAAAAGCAAAACUUGUUACCGAAUUAACAAACCUAAUAAAGAUUUGCACUUCUUUGCAUAUACAAAAAGUAGAUUUAAUUCUUCAAAAUACUACAGUGAUUUCUGAGAAGAACAAAUUAGAAUCAGAUUAUAUGGCUACAUCAUCACAACUACGUCUCAAAGAGCAACAUUUCAUUGAGUUGGAUGAAAAUAGACAGAGACUAUUGCAGAAAUGCAAGGAACUUAUGAGGAGAGCUAGGCAAGUAUGUAACCUUGGUGCAGAGCAGACCGUUCCUCAAGAAUAUCAGACAGCUUUCCAAGAUCUUCCAAACACAUUGGAUGAAAUUGAUGCUUUAUUAACUGAAGAAAGAUCAAGAGCUUCUUGCUUCACAGGACUGAAUCCUACAGUUGUUGAGGAAUAUACAAAAAGAGAAGAAGAAAUAGAGCAAUUAACUGAGGAACUAAAGAUAAAGAAAGUUGAACUGGAUAAAUAUAGGGAAAGCAUUUCACAGGUAAAAGAGAGGUGGCUUAAUCCUUUAAAAGAGCUGGUAGAAAAAAUUAAUGAAAAAUUCAGCAAUUUUUUUAGUUCCAUGCAAUGUGCUGGUGAAGUUGAUCUCCAUAUAGAAAAUGAGGAAGACUAUGAUAAAUAUGGAAUUCGAAUUAGAGUCAAAUUUCGCAGUAGUACCCAGCUGCACGAGUUAACUCCUCAUCAUCAAAGUGGAGGUGAAAGAAGCGUGUCUACCAUGUUGUAUUUGAUGGCACUUCAGGAGCUUAAUAGGUGUCCAUUCCGAGUAGUUGAUGAAAUCAACCAGGGAAUGGACCCAAUCAAUGAACGCAGAGUGUUUGAGAUGGUUGUAAAUACUGCUUGUAAAGAAAACACUUCUCAGUACUUCUUUAUUACACCAAAGCUCCUACAAAAUCUCCCUUACUCUGAAAAGAUGACAGUACUAUUUGUCUACAAUGGUCCUCAUAUGCUGGAACCAAACAGGUGGAACUUAAAGGCUUUCCAAAGACGGCGGCGCCGGAUUACAUUCACUCAACCUCAAUAAAAAGGAAAGAAAAGAACUUUCAGAUUUUUGUUAACCUGAAGUAUGGCUCAACUGAUUAAAGAUUCAUUAAGACUAAAAGAUCAGUUAUUUUUGGAAACUUGCUAUUAAAUACAAAUGGGUUGAUGAAUGGAGACCAUAACAACUUUUUUCUGUGGAAUAUCAUCUGGUAGUAAAAAUUAAGUCUUUUUCUGUCUUUAUUGACUUGGGUUCUUACCACUCUUAACCACAAGUCAUUGGGUUCCCAUGUUAAAAUGUAUUUACUAUUUCAAAUCAGAGGUACAGCAGGGGUUGUCAGUCACAAGAAGUUUAGUUGACGUGGUGACCCUGAGGUUUCAUUGCAGAGUAAUUUUAAUAACUUUAGUCUAAAGAUGACUAGAGAACUUAAGUCAUACUUUUCUCCCAGUGUUAUAUUUAAUUUUUAAAUAUUGAUAUGGAAACGUCUAGUCUUAAUGUACAGUAAUAAUUUAUGACAAAUCUAUUCAUUUCUUCCUAUUAAAAAAGAUUACCUUACACCACUAGGAAAUGGAAUUUUAUGGGCCUUUAAAAAAGUUUUAUGAAAUUUGAUACUAUAAUUGUAUUGGUAUCUCAAAGGAAAAAAAGUACUGGGUUCUAAAAUGGUGGUGGGACUUUUUUGAAAUGCCACAAGGUGGCCACUAGAUGACGCAAAAUGCAACCAAAAAGACUGACAAAAUAAAAUCAAGUGACAAGGGUUUUUAAGGAAUAACUGUAAAGCGUGUGUGUGUACGUGUUUUUUUUUUUUUUAUUUAAAGUCAGUUGUAUUUUACAUCUUAAAUUUCUAAAAGCAUUUUUAUAAUUAUUUUUAGUAAGAUUUUUCUUAAGAUUUCAUAUACUGGUUUCUACGAUUUCUAUCUGAAAUUUCUCGGUGUCACGUGAAGGGUGAGGGACAGCACUGCCUUGUUCAAACCAUCACUUGUCCAGAACUUGAGCUCUGGGUCUCCUUACGUGUGCUCCUCCCCCUUGUCUUAGAAAAUCUAGUCUCGACUGUUUCUUUCAGUAUGAAAAUCAUUUAUUUAUCCAACUGAGUUAUACCAGUUAACAGUGCCAGACAAAUUCUGUUCUUUUAAAAACAAACUUGUAAGAUAAAGGACAUGUCUUUGAACAGUGGAUUGGAUUUGUGCCAGUAAUAACAAAAUUAUUUUUUUUACUUGGUAGCCUGAAUAAAUUGAGAAAUCGCAUUCAGUUUGGGUUUUUUU